CUGGGACGGGAAGCGACCGCAGUCACCUUAACCCCGCGUCCGGCGUCGUAUCCGCUGUCUGUUGGAGUCUGUGGCCGUGAACCUCCUGCCGAGAUGUGGUUCGAAAUUCUGCCGGGGCUGGCCCUUAUGGGCGUAUGUGUGAUGAUCCCGGGAAUUAGCACCGCCCUCAUCCAAAAGUACAUGAGUGGGGGCAAGGAAAAGAGAAUUGCCCGUAAUCAAUACCAGUGGAAUCUACUGGAGAGGGACCGGAGGCUCUGUGGAUUCAAUCGUUAUUAUGAGGCGAAGGGGUUGGAGAACAUAACCGAAGAUGCAUAAGUGACCACAUGAUGCCCAUCCUCAAGACUGCAGAACACUUCUGUGAGAUGUUGUCUGGUGCCCAUUAAAGACAAAGCAACUACCCAGAGA